AUUUUUAUAUAAUUCCUGAGCCAACACUGAACUCCCCUUGUUCUCAUCUGCUUGGUGGACUUUUUACUGAAUUUCAGAUCCUCAAACCAAAAAGUAGAGAGAGAAAGUUAGAGACAUACUUCGUCUUCAACUGUUCCAGAGGUCUAACUUAUGAAUAACUUCAACUAAAGAAUCAAAAGAGACCAGAGUCAGAAGGCUGAGACUCCAUCGACAUCAAUGGCUGAGAACGAAGGAUCAUCAUCAAGAGCUUUGUCGGCUCCUUUCCGCCCCACGAUCACUCUCCCGCCACGUUCAACGAUGGAGAGUCUGUUCACAGGUGGGGCCGGGGCGAGCCCGGGGCCGAUGACUUUGGUCGCCGGCUUAUUCUCCGAAAACGAUCCGGAAUCGGAGUGCCGCUCUUUCUCUCAGCUGCUCGCCGGAGCCAUGGCGUCUCCGGCGGCGAUUCCCGUCCACCGGCCGAGCUUUUUUGCUGCGGAGGAUUCUUCUUCCAACGACAGAGAGGCCAAUGGUGCCGGCGGCGACAGUUUCCGGUUCAGGCAGAACCAGCCGUCCGGUUUGUCGGUUUCUGAUUCGGCCAUGUUUACGGUACCUCCUGGUUUGAGCCCUGCUAGCUUGCUUGAUUCACCGGCUUUCUUCUCGUCUGGACAGGGCACCUUUGGGAUGUCCCACCAACAGGCCCUGGCACAGGUUACAGCUCAGGCCGCACAAUCUCAAUCCCAUAUGCAUAUCCAAUCUGAAUAUGCAAUGCCACAGCUUCCAUCGUUUUCUUCCAAUACAACCACACAACAGCAAAUGCCACCCUCUGUGCCAGACACUAACAUCACGAAUGAGUCAUCAGAAAUCUCUCAUUCUGAUCAAAGAUCCUACAGUUCUUCCUUUACUGUUGACAAGCCUGCUGAGGAUGGCUUCAACUGGCGGAAAUAUGGGCAGAAGCAAGUGAAGGGCAGUGAAUAUCCUCGAAGUUAUUACAAAUGUACUCAUCCGAAUUGUCCAGUCAAGAAAAAGGUUGAACGUUCUUUUGAUGGCCAAGUAACUGAGAUUAUCUACAAGGGUCAGCACAACCAUCAGCAGCCACAUGCCAAUAAGCGUGCAAAAGAUACUGGAAAUCCAAACGGGAACUCAAGUCUCCAGGGAAACACUGAAUCGGCUUUGGAAGGAAGGUCUGGUAAUUUGAACAAAUCAAAAGAAGGGGUACCUGUUUAUUCAUUGUCUAUGAAGGAUCAGGAAUCUAGCCAAGCUACACCCGAGCAUUUGUCAGGAUCAAGUGACAGUGAGGAAGUGGGUGAUACUGAAACCAGAGCAGAUGAAGGGGAUGAAGAUGAACCUGAACCAAAGAGAAGGAAUACUGAAGUCAGGGUUUCAGAGCCAGCUUCAUCCCACCGGACGGUGACAGAACCUAGGAUCAUUGUACAGACAACAAGUGAAGUGGAUCUGUUGGAUGAUGGCUAUAGGUGGCGCAAGUAUGGCCAGAAAGUUGUUAAAGGAAAUCCUUAUCCAAGGAGCUAUUAUAAGUGCACAAACCCAGGGUGCAAUGUCCGUAAGCAUGUUGAGAGGGCUGCAAGCGACCCCAAAGCUGUCAUAACAACGUAUGAAGGCAAGCAUAAUCAUGAUGUACCAGCAGCUAGAAGCAGCAGCAGCCACAACUCAAACACCAAUAACAACACAUCGCAGGUAAAGCCACACAAUGUCGUAAAUCAUGCUACGACUAAGAAAACAGAUUACGGAAGCAAUGAUCCACAGCCUGUAGCGCGACUGCAGUUUAAACAAGAACAGAUAAGAUAGCUUCUUUGAGUCGCGGUCAUGAAAAGAGACAGGAGGACAAAGGAAGAACACGAAAGGUCAGCGUAAAUCAGUAAAAAAAGCUUUUAAGUUAUAUUUCGGUGGGAUAUACUUUUGGAGGCCAUAGUUUAGAUCCAGGCUCUCUCUCCUCGAUUGCAAAUGAACAAAAGAAACACGAAACGAAAAGGGAAAAAAAGAAAAGAAAAAAGAACAGGCUAGCAAAGGUUGAAUUUGAACAGAAAAAUUGUUGUAUGUAAGCUAGUUGGCAUACUGUGUUGUAUUGUUAUUCUUAUGUGCAUUCUUUUGUAAAUGGUAAGUGGGAGUCAUGCUUGUGUUUUGGAAGCUAGAACAGAUCGUAUUAGGGAGUUAACUCUAUUAUAAAUCCUUACUGUCAACCACUCUUUUAUAUUA